AUGAAUGCCCCUACAAAGAAGCAUGGGGUUAGGAAAGUGAUUCUGGAUAAUAAUGCAAAAUUAGCUAUUCUUCUUGAGACUAAGGUGAAAACAGAGAAUUGUGCUGCUGUUUUUGACUCUUUCAUUUCAAAUUGGAAGUAUCUCCAUAAUGGAGAAGUAGGUUCUACAGCUCGCAUUUGGGUGGGAUGGGAUUCGGCUGUGCUUAAAGUGGAGGAGAUUCUAAAAUCUGACCAAUUUAUCCAUUUGAAAGUAACCACUUUGGGAUCCUCUCUCAGUUAUUUGUGCACUGCUGUCUAUGCUUCUAAUUCGGUGGAGGAGAGGAGGGUGCUUUGGAGGGAUGUUACUAGUUUUGGUUCUAGUAUUUCAGGUCCUUGGAUUGCUCUAGGGGACUUUAAUAUUGUUCGACAACAAAGUCUUCAGAAGCUACUUUUCUGCUCCCCAGGGCUUUCGGAUCACUCUCCAGCUGUGAUUUCAAUUCUUGAUGGGGUAAAUUUUGGUCCUAAACCUUUCCGGUUCUUUGAGGCUUGGAUUGGUAGGGAGGGGUUUGAUGAAGUGGUAGCUAAAGGGUGGGACAGCACGGUGAAUAUGAAGCUUAAUCCUAUACUUAGGUUUGCUGCCAGGCUCAAAAAUGUCAAGACAGAGCUGAAGAAAUGGAAUAAAGAUAGUAUUGGGGAUGUUUUUCUUGCAGUGAAGGAGGCUUCUUUGGACUUAGCUCAGAUCCAAAUCAGCCUUGCUGCCCAUCCCAAUGACCUCAAUUUGGUUUCUUUAGAAACAGCAGCCAAGAAGAAGUUGUGGGCAGCCCUUAAUACUGAAGAAAAGUUUCUUAAAGAGAAAUCUAGAGUCAAGAACAUUCAAUUGGGGGAUGGUAAUAAUAGCUUUUUCCAUAAGUCUAUGGUGUGCAGGCAAAACAGGAAUCACAUUUUGGAGGUGUACAAUGCCGAAAAUGAGGUUAUCAAGGAUCCGAAUCUGAUUAAAGAGGAGGCAAUUUCUUUUUACAUGAAUUUGUUUGGUGCUAAUGUUGAAGAUGUUGGGUUCUUCCCAGAGACUGUCCCUUUGCAACAUAGUCUGGACCUUGUGCAGCAGAACAGUCUUAUUGGGCAGGUAUCUAACAAGGAGAUUAGAGAGGUGGUUUUUUCCAUGAAGAACUCAAAAGCUCCAGGACCGGAUGGAUUUGGGGCAGCCUUUUUUAAGCAUGCUUGGGAGGUUGUUGGGGAGGAUCUCACUUUGGCCGUUAAGUGGUUUUUUUUGAAGUCCAGUAUGCCUACCUCUAUCAAUGCUACUUUUAUUAGUCUUAUCCCAAAGACUGAUAAUACUUCUUCGUUUACGGGUUAUAGGCCUAUUGCCCUUUGUAACCUAUUUUAUAAAAUUAUUACAAAAGUUUUGUCUAAUAGGUUACAAGGAGUUGUGGGGAAGGUGGUUAGUGACAACCAGUCUGCGUUUAUCAAAGGCCGCUCCAUUGUGGAUAAUAUUCUAGUAUGUCAUGAUGUGGUUAGGGGUAUAGAGCAGAAGGGGACUCCCCCUACGGCGGUGCUGAAAAUUGACUUACAUAAAGCUUAUGACUCUCUAAGUAGGAAGUUUCUUUUUGAGAUCAUGGAAAGGAUGGGUUUUCCAAGCAAGUUUAUUCGGUGGGUGAAGGCUUGUGUUGAUACUCCUAGUUUCUCGAUCCUUCUCAAUGGGAGCCCAACAGGUUAUUUUAGGGGCAAGAGGGGGAUAAGACAGGGGGACCCGCUAUCCCCUUAUUUAUUCACAAUUGCUAUGGAAGGGUUUUCGGCCUUAAUGCGGAAGUUGGAAGUUGAGGGACAGAUCAGCCUGCUUCCAAGGUGCAAAAGCUCCCAUCUUACACACCUGAUCUUUGCAGAUGAUUUGAUGAUUUUUGUGAAGGCUGUCCCUGACUCUAUUUUGGCUUGUUUGGGGGCUCUGUCUGAUUUUCAUACUUACUCUGGGUUGAGACUCAAUAGAGCUAAGUCCUCUAUUAUUUUAGGGGGCCUUACCCAAACGGCCAGGCUGCAACUAUUGGAAUUAACGAAUUUUGUGGACACUAAGCUGCCCAUUCGGUACCUUGGUGUUCCACUUGUACCUCGUAAACUUUCUAUGGCAGAUUGCUCCGCUAUCUUGGAUCUAGUGAGGCGAAGACUUGACGGUGGAAAGCUCGUUUCUUAUCCUUUGCGGGACGGUUGCAGCUUCUUACCUCUGUUCUUGGCUGCUAUAUAUAUUGGUCGGGCAUCUUUGCAUUACCUGGUGGUGUCAAGCAAAAGCUGGAAUCCAUGUUCUCAAAUUUCCUUUGGACGGGCCCCUCCUUGGAACGAAAGGAUGGAUUUGGUUCCCAAGUUGGGUUUUUGUGCUACUGUGCAUUACAUUUGGUGGGAGAGAAACCAAAGGCUGUUUGAGAACAAGGUUAGAACCCAUGAUCAGAUUAUAGAGGCAAUUCGUCUUGAUGUGGCCAUUAAGUGUGCUGCCCUUUCCCAUUUUCUUGUCCAUGCCCAAGGAACCAGUUCUUGGCGAUAA